AAUCCCUGGCCACGCCGACUGCGACGGCCUCCGGUGAGGAGGGCGGGUUGCACCUGUGUGUAGGGUCGGCGAAUUCACGCCCAAGCGGGGACCGUUUACCGCCUGGCCCGGCGGGUGCGGAGGGAUAAACCCCGGGAGGACGCCGAGUGGGAUUGCGUACAGACCUGAUUGGCCUCUGUCUUCAGCGCGGGAUGCGGAGACGCCCCUGAGCAACCAUGGCUGCGGCCGACGAGCUGGCCUUCCAUGAGUUCGAGGAAGCUACUAACCUUCUGUCCGAGACCCCAGAUGUGACCACUAUCAGCAGAAGUGACCCGCGGACCCCAGAGGGGCAGGUAGCUGUGGCCGUGGGCUCAGGUGGUGGCUAUGGAGCCGAGGACGAGGUGGAGAGCGACAAGACCGCGCUUCUACAGGAGCAGCAGCCGCAGCCGGGAUUCUGGACCUUUAGCUACUAUCAGAGCUUCUUCGAUGUGGACACCUCGCAGGUUCUGGACCGGAUUAAAGGAUCGCUGCUACCCCGGCCUGGCCACAGCUUUGUGCGGCACCAUCUGCGGAAUCGCCCAGACCUGUAUGGCCCCUUCUGGAUCUGCGCCACACUGGCCUUUGUCCUGGCCGUUACUGGAAACCUGACAGUGGUGCUGGCCCAGAGGAGGGACUCUUCCAUCCACUACAGCCCCCAGUUCCACAAAGUGACGGUGGCUGGCAUCACCAUCUACUGCUACGCCUGGCUGGUGCCACUGGCACUGUGGGCCUUCUUGCAGUGGCGCAAGGGCGUCCGGGAGCGUAUGGGGCCUUACACAUUCCUGGAGACUGUGUGCUUCUAUGGCUACUCCCUCUUCAUCUUCAUUCCCACUGUGGUCCUGUGGCUGAUCCCUGUCCCAUGGCUACAGUGGCUCUUUGGGGCAUUGGCUCUGGCCCUGUCAGCUGCUGGCCUGGUGUUCACCCUAUGGCCCAUUGUCCGCGAGGACACCAGAUUGGUGGCCUCCAUGCUGCUAUCUGCCGUCGUACUACUCCACGCCCUCCUGGCCAUGGGUUGUAAGUUUUACUUUUUCCAGCCACUGCCUCUGGAGCACAUGGCACCUGCACACCAGGACACAUCUCUGCACCCAAACGUAGUCCUGACACCCACCCCGCCAAGGCCUAUGACAUCCUAAGGCCUGAGGCUACAGGUCUAACAGGAGGGACACUGCCUGCCCUGCCCCCAAGAUGAUGAGUGAAGGUUCCCUUGACAUUUCAAGAUCACUCUGCUACUUUCCAGACUUUUCUUACAAAGCAAACACUUUUAUUUUCUAUGCAAAGGUGAUUCAGAGAAUUUAUAUAAAGGUGGGAGACGGUGGCUGAACUAGGAGCUUCCAGUGCAGCUGUUGCCCCACGGGCCACCUGCUGGGCCUUCUUCCCCCGAGGGUCCAGCAGGAAAGCAAAGGGUCACUCCAGCCUCAGCUGUGCCCACCCUUGGCUCCACCACAUCCAAGUUUGGGGGUGUUAGAAAUGGGGGGAGCAGAAGUAGAAGAAAAUUGCCUGUGCUGAAACACAUUUCGUUGUUUAUUUUGUUUUUUCUUUUUCUUUUUUUUUUUUUUGAGGGAAAUAUCCCUGCAAGGCCCCUUCCCAGACUGAGAAGGGACCAAAAUGCCAUCAUCAUAGUAGGGACUGGAGCAUCUACAAAUACGGAGGGAAAUACACAGGCCUAAUGUCAGCUACAAGGAGAAAGGACGCCUUCCAUGACAUGUCCUUGAGGUUUCUCUGUGUCUGCCCCAGUGGCUGACAGGGACCCUCCUCCCCUCCAGGCCCACAGGCCUCCUAUUCUAGCUCUUGGCAGGGGGACCCAGACAGGCUCAGGGACAGGACAGCAGCAAGAGGCAGGGGCUGGACGGAGGGCCUUCCCAACAGCUGGGGUGGGUUGUACAUUCAAGUGUGAGGUGAACCCUUUUGUGAGAGGGGCCUGUGGGGCUACACAAGCCUGGCCCCACCUUGUCCUGAAGACCUGGCAGGGCCACCCCUCACCACCGAGCCUCUGAGUUGGGGACAGGGGCUGCUGGCUCGGCCCGGCCGGCCUGGUUUUUCCAGAGGGUCUGUGGAUUGACACUGGUUCUUUUUGUAAAAAAAUAAAAUUAAAAAAA